UUAUUUAUAAUACCGCAAAUAACAAUUAGCAAAAAUGAAACUGUUUCUAAACGUACCAUUAAUAAUUAAAUUAGAAUUAGAAUUCACGAUAGCUAUUUAUUAAUUAUACAGAUCUGUGAGAUUUGAUCCAUUGAGAUAUAUAAGAAUGAUUUCCGACGUUUUUUCGCGCUGAUUCCGAAUCUGGCCACAGAAUUUGUUUAGCGUCAGGAUUUUGAAUUUGUUAAUAUAAUUUAUUCUUGCAAUUAUAAAUAUUUGACUAUUUCUAAAAAUAUAUAUAUGUGCAUUUCCGUAGAUUUUUUCGUGAGAAAUCGGAAUCUGUUUGCCAAAUAACGGAUAUCAACACGUUUUAAAAUUAUUAAUCUGAAAACAUUAAAAAACAAUCUUUUUUGCACUUUUAAGCUAGAAUAUCUCGAAAUCCUGACGUAUUAAGCAAAUUCUGUGGCUAGAUUCGGAUUCAACGCUAAAUAUUACGUCAGAAACCACUUCUCUCAAUGGACUUUCCAAAGUCUUAUUUUCGCAGGCCUGUGUUAUUUAUAUAUUCGCAUCUAAAUAUUAAAUUUCAUAGAAAUGUAGAAGAUACUUAAAUAUUCAUUAGCUAAAUGGCAUACUAAUCUACAUUAUUGUGACAUCAACUGUUCCUUGAAGUAGUCGGAUCUUGAUUUUUGUGGUAAAAAGUGUGUCUAUCAAUAGCACAACAUUGCUUUUUAAUAUAUACAGACACGUCACGUGUAAUUGACAUCAUCUGGUUGAAAUGCGUAAGAGUUUUAAUAUGCAGAGUCUAUGCGGAUUACGACACAGGGAGACAAAUUAUCAAGUCGAGAUGAACACGUAAGAAUGUGACGUGCUUGGAAAAAACCGCGCAUUGCCUUCAGUAUUCUCGACUUCUCGUAUGCGAUAAGGAUCACACAGUAUAACGACAAUGACGCCCUUAAAUCAAUCUGACACGCGAUGCUGCUCGCCGCGUGGAACAUCACCGAUGCAAUUUCGAAGUUAAGACACGUCAGAUGUUUCCUCGAUUGCGCCGUUGCGCCAGUAAAAUGGAUCGCCGUCGGUCAGGUCGACCGUUCGCAUUCAAGUAGAACCGAUUGCGCGAAUGAUCGAGAGAAAGUUCGGCGAAUUACGUUCCAUUAGAUUUUCCUUUCGCGGUAUAAAUAUUAAAUCAGACUUGUAAGUCUUAACGCCUUUGAAACGUUAUUAACCGUUGGUAUUUGCGUCAGAAGUAUAAUGCUGACUGAUUUUGAAAUAUCUUUUACGGUUAUUUCUGGAAUUUUUAGAAGCAGGAAACUUAUAUACUUGGUGAUAUGUAUUAGAAACGCUUGGCACUUCAAUGUUAUCCACAUUAAAUAUGAAAAAUGAAAUUAAGCCGCGGCUUGCCACGACGUUGCUCAAGGAUGGAAAUGACUUUUUCCCGAGCAAGGCUCACGUUUUUAUUUCCCGAGGUUAAAAUUCAAUGUGAAUAAUUUUUUUACCUUCGAGAAAUAAUUUCGUAAUUCCAUUCACGUCUGUCCUUCUUAACAUUUCCUAGAUUUAAACAGCGAAAAUCAUCGAGUAACAUAAUGACAGGAAUAAAACUAUGCAAUUUGCAUUCCUCGCUUGGUAUUCGCUCAGAUAAGGCAUUGAAUAAACAUGAUAUAGACAUAGAAUAAACGUUUAUAGAUUGCGUUCUCGCUUUCAAUUAGCAAAUGUUUGCACGUGGAAGCGGAAACAUACGUGUUACUGCGUUUAUCCUGAAGUUAAACCUAGCACCUAGUCAAUAACAACGAAUUAAUAGCUAGCAUAUCAGUUUUCCCAGGCGUACCUGUCAUUUGACACGCACACCGUCACGCCCGCCUGCCGAAGUAGUGGGAAAAAAAUCGCGACCCGUCAAACGGAGCAAUUUUCAAAAUACGUGAUACGUGAUAUCCACAGUUCCGCACGCCUGGCACUAAAAGGCGGUUAACUGGUAGAACAGAAGAACUGAUAUGAAAAACUACGCGGAAAAAGCCUUGCGCGCGCGAGAAAUAGCGCGGGAAAGUAAUUAGCGGUUACAGGCCGCGUUGUCGUUCCUCGUCCGGGACGGGAGGGGAUUCGAUUAAAAUCGCAGUGACGUGCCUGCGUAUCAGAGUCAGGCUCAGUUUCCUUUCCGGCGUCUUUCAGAAUGACAACGGCGUCGUUGUCGCCAACGCGCGUCGAGAUCUCGGCAUCUCAUUCUCGACUAUCGUGGUAGUGACAGGUGCUUUAUCAAGGUGAACUCUCGAUAUAAUUAUUUCUGCGAGUACACUUUCGCGGCGAGCUUCGUGUAUUUGAAGGCAAUUAGACGAUAAAUCCAAAAUUAAAUCAACCAUGAAAUAUAUCACUUAGAGGAUCACAAUUAUAAAAAAGCUUUCCAAAAACUUCUGUCAUCAGUGUCAUUGUGAAAUAGUUGGACAUAGACGCAAGUUAGGAGUAGUAUUAAAAAGGAAAGAAAAAUUUCUCUGUGACACGGAAAUUUAUUUUAACUUCAGAAUUCCAUCUUUGAAAGACGAUGCAGCGAUUUAAUAAUGUAUGUAUUAUUCAUAUGCAUAUACGUGUUCGCAGUGCGUUAAUUCGAAUGCGGCUAUUAAAAUAGAAAUUAUCAUAAGUACUAACCGCCAGACAAUCAGACUUAAGAAAAUCUGCAGAACUAGAUUAAUGUAAGAGAAUUAGCAUUAAAGAUUCAAACACGGAAAUAAACAACACAGAACAAAUCCAAUAAAAACGAUAAUUAAGCAAGAGGGACAUCGUUCGGCACAAUGGACCGCGGCAUAUUGCGGCAAACGUUAAUUGGAUUCGUAUGCAGUAUUUUGAUCAUUGAUUGCGGCCUCCAUGAGGGAUGGAGCACGCCGACCAUACCGAAGUUCAACGACGAGGAUCCUUUAAAGGUGACAAGCGACGAGAUCGCUUGGAUCGUUAACCUCAUGUAUGUCGGAGUUGGCAUCGGCUCGUUGGUACCUUUCAUACUAAUGGACAACAUCGGACGUAAGGGUACCUUGCUAGUCACUACAAUACCGAAGAUCAUGUCAUGGAUCUUCAUCGGGCUGUCCACAUCUGUACCAAUCAUAUACGUUGGACGGAUACUCGCGGGUAUCGGAUGUGGUAUAACGUACGCUGUAAUGCCGAUGUAUCUCGGCGAGAUCAGCAGCAAGCGGACCAGGGGUCCCUUAGGUACUUUAAUGGCUGUUCUACUCAACAUCGGGAUGCUGCUCAUCUACGCGAUCGGCCUGUGGAUCACUCGAUUCGAGAUGGCGAUGAUAAGCGUGUGUGCGCCAGUGCUAUUUCUACUGACCUUCAUAUGGCUACCCGAGAGCUCAGUGUUCCUUACGCGGAAGAAUAGACUGGAACCCGCGGAAAGGACCCUUAAGUGGGCCUUGGGUAAGGAGAACGUGGACGAGGAACUCGAGGAGAUCAAAAGAAUCGUGGAGACCGAGGACAAGUGCAGCAAGUUGACUCUCGGGGAGAUGUUUAAGGAGACCGUCACUAAGGCGCAUAACAGGAGAGCCUUUCGAAUCGCUCUGAUACUAUUGAGCGGGCUAACAAUGACGGGCGCAGCGCCGAUACUCGCGUAUCAGUCGUACAUAUACAAAGAGGCCGGUUUCGAGAUCUCGACGAACACCAGCAUCAUCCUGACGGGCGUCGCCAUCGUCCUGGCCGGCGGCACGUGCGUGUCGAUUGUGCGUUUCACGGGCAAGAGAUUGCUGCUGCUAAUUGCCGCACCGAUUUGCGUGGUAUCGCUGGCGACGAUAGCCAUUUUCUUCGAGCUGCAGUCCGACGGCUACGACGUCUCCCGAUUCAAGUGGGUGCCCACGGUCUUCGUCGUGAUUUACGUGCUCGGCUUCGGAUUCGGCCUUAAUCCGAUACCGCUGGCAUAUAUCGGCGAGAUCUUCGGCGUCGAGGUCAAAGUACCCGCCGCGGUGCUCAAUGCUCUCUACUACGCUAUAAGCACCACCGCCAUUGUGAAGUUUUAUCAGGUCAUGCAAGAGUUAUACGGCACGUUCGCACCAUUAUGGACGUUCACCGCGAUAACAUUUCUUGUAUGGGUAUUAACUUACCUAUUUGUGCCCGAGACGGAAGGCAAAAGCUUGGAACAGAUACAAUUGGAAUUGCGGGAUAAAGAGUGACGUAUGUCGACAAGCUAUACAAUAAAAAAUGUAAACAGGCGUGGCAUUAUACAAUCCAAAGAUCGUUAAAUCCACAUUUAAAACGCAUAUCUGAAACGAAAAACUUGAUUUAAUUCUAUCAAUAUUAACAUUGAGGGUCAAUUAUGAAAAGAUACUGUUCCUGUUAAAUUAUGUGAUACUUCGGUUUACAUUCUUAUGAUACGUACUAUCAUAAUAAUUAAUCUACACUUUUAGUCAGAUGGAUAAUUAGUCAGCGUUAAGAUAUAGUACACAUAUUAAUAUAGAAAAAUCUUAAUAUCGAAAACAAAUAGCAAAUUCUAUUUGCAAAUUCAAUAUUUUGAAAAUAAAAUUUAUAGAAGUAGUAAACUGCAAAAAGUAAUUCAAAAUGAGAAAGAAAAUUUUAACUUCACUUAAGAUUUUUAUCGAUAU